AUGUAAAGUAGUUAUCUGACUUGGUCUAAAUAAAUAGAGGAUACUCAUUUGAUUAUUGAAAUAUAAACUCAACUUGAACUCUUAUUCAAUAUUUCCGAAUACUUUUUGACAUUUGACAUAUUUAAAAAUACAAAAGAAACAAUAUAAGAUAUUAUGGAAAAUAAUAUAAUUGAAUUAAUUCCUUCAUUAAUUAUAAAAUAAGACUCGGUAUAUUUAAUCAAUAAAAAUAAAAAACUCCGUGUUUGA